AUGCUUUUCAAGGCAAUAUCAUUCUUUUUCUCGCCAUUUUGGAAUAUUAUUGAUCCAUAUUUGAAUAGUCUGGCUGACCUUUUUUCAGCACAAAAAGCUCAACGAAUUACUAUAAAAUCUAUUUUUAUAUUUGUAGCAGUUUCAACAUUAGUAAGUUUUGCAUUCCUUUCAUAUAUAGCAUUUUAUUAUGUCUAUAUUCCAAAAAUCGCGCACUCAAAACCAGUUCAUUUACAAUAUCAUCAAGACAAAUUGAUUCAUAGUAUGAUCGAUUUCACUGAAAAUGGAUUAUAUUCAGAUUUUCUAACAGCAGAUCAAGCUUAUGAUAUUUCAAUUGAUUUGGAUGUUCCCGAAUCAGAUCGAAAUAUUGAUUUGGGCAACUUUAUGAUUAAUUUGGAGUUGAAGUCCAAGGAUAAUAAUACAAUUCAGUCUUCUGGUCGACCAUGUAUACUUACUUAUAAAUCCAAAUUACUUCGUAUUACUUCGACAAUUUGGAAAUUAAUUCCAUUAGUCUUGGGAUUUGUCAAGGAAGAUCAAAAGUUGAAAGUUGUAAUGUUUGAAAAUUUUAUUGAAAAUGGUGUAAAUAAAAAUCCAGAAGUUUAUAAUGCAAAUAUACAAUUAGAUGCACAUUUCAGAGGAUUAAGAUAUCUCAUGUAUUAUCAUUAUGUCUCAACUGGAAUAGCCUUCAUUUUAUUAUUUAUCUUCUGGGAAAUAUUCUUUUCAAUAUUCUCAUGGAAAAUUAUCGUUUCUCAAUGGAAAAAUCCUUCAUCACCAUCAUUAAAAACAAUAAAAUAUAACGACAAUGAGCAAGGAAUUGAUAAUGUUGGGUGGUUAGGAGUUCAACAAAAUGGUAAAAGGAAAACAUUAAGAAAUCAUCCUGAUGAAGAUGAGGAGGAGCAAGAGGAAAAUGGUGGAUCUGAGUUUGUAUCAAACAAUGACGAGUCAAGCAAUAUAUCAGAUAAUGAUUCUAUAACUUCACACUCGGAGUCAAUGAAUCCAGAAAAUACAGAUUAUGAUGAAUCGGGCUUUGAAACUACUGAACAUCCAGAAAGAGAUGGCGUUGAAAAGUUUAAGGAGAAUAGAAACUGUUAUUCAAAUAGUGGAUGGUCAACAAAAAUAUCAACUGAUAAUUAUAUUUAUCAUUUGACAGAAAAAGACAACAAAGAAGAAUUUGCUAGAGAUGAUCAAGCAAACAGCAACUAG